CCGCAAAAACCUUGCUGCUCUUUUCAUCUUGUAUACAGCGAGCGCUCCUCUCUGUCCCAAAAAGAGAACGGAACUUCCUCUAGGAGUUCGACGUCGGGGAGUUUAUGCAGCGAGCAAAGUACUGCUCAGGUAGAGCACGAAGAGCAAGUACAAAGCAACAAUGUCUUCCGGUUGUCCUGCGAGCAAGAAAUUUCAAGUUCUGUGCCUGCACGGCCACGCCCAGACAGCGGAGGCGUUUCGGGGUCGUAUCGGUUCCAUACGCUCGCCGCUGAAGAAGUGGUGCGAUUUCCACUUUCUAGACGGCCCCUUUGAGGUCCCUCCGUGCGCGCAUUCCGCCGAGCCGGCGCGCAGCUGGAUGCAAGUGAGCCCGGACACGGCGCCGAAUGUUGACCCGAAGACAGUUUUCGAGUCUUGGCAGACGAGUCUGGAGUUCAUUGAUAGAAUCAUCGCUGAGAAGCAGAUCGACGCUUUGCUGGGGUUCAGCCUGGGGGCGGCGAUGUCGCUCGGGGUGAUGCUCAACGACAUCGCAACUGUGAGUCGAGGAACAAACGAAGGACCCGAAACAGCAUCUUCAAGAUAUAAGUUCGUCGCCCUCUUCGCUGGGUUCAUCCCCUUCAAAAACCCCGAGCUGGAGCACAUCUUGCGAGCGAAACUGAGAGAAGUUGGAUAUCGUAGGGGAAAAUCCUCCCUCCCCAUAUCGAAAAGAUAUGUCUCAGAAAAUUUGUAAUGCUGAUUUGUGUCCACAAAUCGUCUCUGUCUUGCAAGAACGCAACUCCACUGGCUCCGCCGCAUUCUGCAGGCGGUUUGUGAUGCUGUUGGCCCUACAGACUAGACGUUUGCCAUGCUCAGCGCCUGGCCCAAAACGUCGCUACUCAGUCUGAGUACACUACGCAUAGGCCUGCAGUCCUCUCCAGCACGACAGGCCUGAUUUGUGUACGCAAAUCCAGCGUCAGAAACUUCGCGGCGAUAUGGGAAGGGGGGAUUGUUCCUUUUGGUAUCGGAAGCUCCAGGCUUCCGCCAAGUUUUCACUGUUACGGGAUGGACGACCAUAUUAUUCUUGCAGAGCACAGUGAGGAGGUCGCCACUUUUUUUCCCGAUGCCUGCGUCUUUACUCACCCAGGGGGGCACUUGGUGCCCUCCCAAGCAAAAAAUCCGCUGCGCGAUUUCGUGCAGCUACUAAGCGAAAAAUCGCAGGCGCCCUGAACCAGGACAGACUAGUAGAAGUACUAUAAUCCUUAAGUGAAGAUAAGUCGAAGUGUUAUAACUUCGGUUGAGUUGUGACCGAAAG